GGUUUGGGAGAAUCACAGAGAGAGAAGGAGAGCGAGGGAGUGUGCUCUCACAGUUGUUUCGCUUUAUUUAUCGCUGUAUUUUCUGAUUUUCCUUUUGUAAUCUCUUAUUUUCAAUAUUUGUUGUAAUUUUUUAUUAAUUAUUUUGUUUUCUUAUCGAUUGUCUUUAGUGAUUUAGUGAUUUUUCAUUGUGUUUUGUAAUGUUGUAUUUCAAUUUAUUGUGUUUUUGUGAUUUGUCAUUGUGGUGUGUUGUUUUAUUUUCUAGUAAUUGUUUUGAUUGGUUUGUGUGUUUUCUUCUUUGUCAUUUAAUUGGACUUUGGGGUCAGUGUACCAAGCUGCGGCAGAGUGAUGUUGAAUGUUACCUGAUGUUCAAUCGCACUCAAUUUAUCAAACUGAAUUGAUCAAACUAAAUGUUGUAUGGAUAUAAUGUCUUGCUGGAGAUUGGCUAUUAUUUAAAAAAGGGAAAUUUCUGAUUUCACAAGUUAUUUUAUUCCGGUGUAAAAUUAAUUUAGGGUCAAACACAACGCAACACAGAGUUAGACACCCCCUCGAGAGAUGAAUGUUGCCGACCGCUUACUUCUCUAGUAAUACCAACUUUAGUGACAACCGCACGAUAGCAAUACACAGCGGUCUGAGGAGCCAUAAACAAGCCUCAACCAAAACGCCAAAAAUCAUUUCUUCAUGGAAAUACAAUCAGACCGAGACGCUAAGGCAGAAGAACUACCAUGUCUGCAGUGCAAAAUGAUUAAUAUGGUGAUUAUUACUUCAAGGAAAUGAUAAAGAAAUGAUCAUAAAUGUUCUUCCUUGAGCUGCGUCACCCCGCAGCAGAAUGGACUUGAUUUUAUGCUCUUGUUGAUUUUUUUUUAAUCUGUAACGAUUUAAAGUUUGUUUCACAACAGUACUUAUGAAUAAAUAACCAGAAUAUUUUUUCAUUAUUUACCUUUUUCUUUAAAAAUCGGCAUAUUAAUGCCUGGUUGAGGCUGUUCAAAGCUAACGUUAACGUCUUUUCGUGAAAUUAAGUGUAUUGUUUUAGGAGCCUCCAGUCUCUUCAGUACCGCUCUAUGCCGCUAGAUGUCGCUGGCGCCCGUGUGUCGGUGCUUGUGGGCUGGCAGGGGGCUGGAUGUGGACUGUAGGAGACUCCAGGGGGGCAGUAAUAUGGUAUGUGUGUGUUUGUGAGUGUGGUUGUGGCUCGUCGAGCAGCAGGGUAACUUCUAAACUUCACUGCAUUCAGCGAAGAGAAGACCUCAGAGCGGAGAUUUAACCAUUUGAAGCUGACUCGACCCCGACCAUCCAGCUGUGAUCGACGGAGGAGGACCGGUCCCGGUUCUCAGCAUUGGAACGAUUUCCGGCCAACAUGGAUGAUUUAGGUAAGUUCACCCGCCCUGAACGCAACAUUUACACCGCACGCGCGUGUGUGUAGUGUCAGCGUAAACACUUUUGUGUUAGCGCAGGAUCCACACAGGACCAAAUGAGAGGUUUUAAACGAGGAUAUGUGCUGGUAGUUGUCGUUUUAGGUCUGCAAUGUAAACAUGUCAAGGUGGGUUAAGUUAUUCAGGUUCCGCUGAGCUCAGCGCGAGACAACAUGCUUAGAAAGGCCCCGCGUGCUGGCAUAAAAAGCACUAACAGCGCGUGGACGAUGAUAAUUUGCUCAUAUUAGGUUUUUUUCUGCUGUUGUGUAUCAAGUUAAACCGUAUUUUUGCGGUGUGCUCUGGUUGGUGCAUUGUCAGUGUUUGUGGGCGAUUUAUUCACCCCACAAUUCCCCACAUCCCCCUUAUAAGUCAUGACAGACUGCUGCAUGGCUCCUUUAACUUUUUAUGCUUUUAACCCCCCUGAAUGUACAUUUAUAUUGACAUUUUUGAUGACACACUGUCCUUCUGAAUCCCUCUUGUUGAGUGUCAGGUUUACAUAACUGCCUGGGCUGCAGGUGGGAUCCAAACAGCUGGCUAUUCUUACAAAAGAGAUUAAUACAAGAGUGGUUUCCCUGCAGCUGAUUGAAACCUCCUUAUGGCUUAAACCAGUCAUAAUAUUAUAAACAUUUCAUCAAUCUAAGAAUAAGAAGAACUGUAAUAGUCCUCGAAGGAAAAUUUAAUUGUCUAUCGUCUCAUUUGUCAUGUCUCUAGAAGUCAUCUACUAUUUACAGAAGAGUUGUACAGUCUGAUGUCUGUGGGUACAAAAGAUCUUUUGAAUCUUGAGAGAGGAGCCGUCCACCACCAUUGGACCUUUGGUCCAUUAAGGUGUUGUGAAGUGGGUGAUCCAUGUUUUUGAGAAUAGUCUCCACCUUCCUCAGUGUAGAUUUUAUUACAGCCCUACUAUAAACUCUCUUUUUUACAAAGCUUAUACAUUUUUUUUGCUUCUUUACACGUUCAGACAGGUGAUGAUUGGUUAUCAAAUUAACUGUGGUUGGUGGUUUUCGGUGUAUGCUACAUUGAAAGGUGUUCUUAACAUUUUAGCUCCAUUUAUGUUUGUCUAUAAAGUGGAAAAAAUAUAACAGAAUAAAAGACCACCUGUCAUUGUAACAUACUCUGGUACACUCUCUAUGAUGUGUUUAUUGAAAAAGUACAGGGUAAAGCUAUCACCUGUCCGAACAUGUCAACUGGAUAUUUCUAAGCUCUCUGAAAGACAACAUUGUUGAAGAGCUGUUCUAUUGGUUUGCAUUCAUUGCUUAGGCGUUCAUAAUGUUGUGGCAGGUGAUUGUAUUUCAUCUUGUAUUCAACGAUAAUUUCAGCUGUCUGUUGCUGAAUUUGCUCAAAUAUGAUUAUUUGAUACGAACUAAGCUCCACUCAGAGACUUAUGGCAGUCUUGAUGAUAGCAGAAAAUUUAAAGCCUGAGGGCAGGUUUUGGUGACAGAGAGGGUGUGUAGAGCUCAGCAUUAUGUUCCUCAUGCACAUCGUCUGCCAAUUCUCCAGACUCUCUGUGACGACAGUUUCUUAAAUUAUUUCAGUUGUUUAAAAUUCUUGCAUUGAGACAAAAACUCUUUCUUGUUUCGGCAUGGCACUUCAUGACACGGAUAUAAUAAGACUGCUGCAGGCCACGGGGGAUCUUUCAGAAGUAUAUUUCAUUGGUGGAGAAUAAUUUAUACAAGCAGCAAUGCAGACCCCCCUUCAGUGUUCAGUGUAGGAGUGUGCAGCCUAAUUAAAAACAGAAGGAAACCACUGGAGUAAUGCAGCUUGCAUGGUGCCAUCUGGAUCAGAGGUUUUGUUGUAUUCAUUUACAAGCAUUGACUCUGCAGUUUGUAAUUACAAGACUUCGACUUAUUCCCUGACAACUGCAAGGUUAAGUUUAGCAGAACAUCCGUGAAAUGCAUCGAAGGAGUCAGGUUCAUUGGCAGCUAAAAAAGAGCCCAAAUGCAUUCAUAAAGUCAAGGAUGAUAAAUGUCUUUCAAAAGCCAUCCAGUCAAGUUUUACCGCCCUCUGGAAGCUGCAGGUGGACUUCAGUGGCAUUUAAUGAUACAACUUUGGCAAACAUAUCAUUUCCAUUCAAAGGUGUGUAAUGUUGUGCACAACUGUAAUUUAUGUUUGUAAUAUUUGUGAGCAGAACAUCUGGAUGGAUCUUACAUGGGUCAAAACAUCUUGGUGAGAGUGAGACUGCAACAAGAGCAUUGGUUAUUCUAUAUCCAGUCAAUAUUUAUGGAUACCUUCUCAGCUUACGUGGGUGAAGGGCUUUCCUUUAAGUAGCUGCUUAAAAAAAGGGUGUUACACAACCCUGUAUGAUUACCAUGUCACAGGGUUGUAAAUUCUGUCAUCGUUUUAGCAGAGACUCAUAAAAAUAUGGCACACAAACUGAGAGAAAUGCCAGAUACACUCCUGUCCAAUGUUGUAUCUCUCUCGUGCUUAAGGGUGGUGGAAGGUAGGAGUUACAGAGUUAAAUCUUUCCUCAGUAAGUUCACCAAAGUUGAAAGUUUUGAAGUUAUAAACUUUUUAAUAGAGCUGUGAAUCUAAAGAAGCACCCUCCAAAGCCUUGAAGUGAAGCAAAGCAGUCGUGUAUUUUUAGCCAAGGAGUCCUUCUUUUCAAGCGCAACCAGUGAGACCUAGAAACCUUCCAGCAACCAGCUGAUAUCUCCCUUUUUCAUUUCCCCAACUUGUGCUGCUCAUUUGUAACUUUUUCACUCUUGAAUUGCCUGCACAGCCGUGAGAUGAAAGUGGUUGUCGGUACCCCUGUAGCAUCACUCCUGUCAUGCAACAUUUGGACGCAUUCACUGUUAUAUACCCUCAUGUUCUCGCAGCACCACGCGUAGGAGCAGUGUUAGUGCUGCUCACAGUCAGGGCGUUGGAGUGGAUCAGAACCACAUGCGGAGAUUGGGUCACAGCCAAAAUCUUAUCCUCCUUAAACACUACAGUGCCCCACCCCUCUGUCUUUCUCUUCCCACUCCUCACCAUUCCUGUGGUGAACCACAUGGGAAGCUGCAGGCUGCAAUCUAUCGACAGUUUAAAGCUGACUGAGUUCGCAGAAGAGCAAGAUUCUGAUCGAGGAUGAUGUCUAAUUGCAAUCAUUCGAUCUUUGAUCAACUUUAUACUUUCUCCACCUACUUAUGCAGUCUUGGCCGUUUUGAUGCUGUAGCAUGUUCUGAGGCAAACUUUCAUUGACCUCCUCUCCUCAGCAAUCAGUGCUGCCAAGCAUUGCUCUGUGCUUCGCUGCUCUGGGCCUGCACCAACAAGCCAUGAAUGUCAACGAACCUUCAAAGUUAACUUCCUUUUACUGACUUUUCAGCUACUCUACCUUCCAGUAUUUCCCUUUUCUUGUCUGCAAACCUAGUAACCGCUUUCUUUUCCCUGUGUCUGAUUUGUUUUACUGUCGCUUUAGUAGCAUCAUUUGAUGUGAAGUGAUUCCCCAGAGCCCUGUCAGCACCGCAGCUGCAGCGUUGGAAAUGUCACUCAUGGAGUGGGUGUGGGUGAAGUAGUUCUUCUCUAACUCCAAAUGAGAUCUGAUGUAGCCUAGAUACUCAACCGAGUCUAAAUUUAGAUCAGUCUAUUGUUGAUACACCAAAGGAAACAUCAGACAGCUUCCAUGCGGACUUUGACAUUUUCUCCACGUACUCUAUUAAAGACUGAAAUCCACCGCUCAGGCAUGAAUGACAUCCGUGUCACACUCCCUCUGAGUAAUAGCCUCAUUUCUCUUGUGCCUCCCAGCUGCACGCCUUUAGCAGUCAGUUUUGUUUACACCAGGAGGAGCGAGCUAUGAUUUCCGUUAAGAUUAUAAUUAAGUUAUGUUUGUUAUAGCUACAGUUUUGUGAAUAGAGUUGUUCAUGUUUUAGAGGAUAUUUUAAAGUGAUUUUGUGUUGCUGUGAAUCGUGAAACUUUGGUCCAAGAUUAAUUUGCAGCAGUAACAAUAGUUUUCAGUGUAUUACAUAGAGUUAUAUAUGCACAGUAAUGAUUACUGUUUCCACGUGAUUCUCCACAGAGCAAGACUGUAAUUCAAUCAUUUGAUAAUAUCUUAGGGAACAAGCCCACUCCCACUGUCUUUGCCAGAUGAACAGAUUACUCUGAUGUUUCAAUGCUAUAUGAAGCUACAAACAGAAGCUGGUAUAGACUAGCAAUGAAAAGACGGGGAAAUGACUUAUUAAAAGUGAGACCACUUGAUUACCAAUACUGUAAAGCUAACUAAUCGGUUCAUUAAACCUGAACAAACUGUAAAAACAUCACAAUUUGAUGUUCAUGGGGACUGAAAACCAGAGGAAGUGUAUUGUGUUUUAAAGUGUGCUAUAUUUGUGGUUAUAUUGAUCAGAAUUAACUAUGAACUCAUUAACAUGGAAGUUGUCACCACAACAUUACUUACUGGUUUCUGAAGAGACCCAUGAAUCCCAACUAUAGAGGUCACUAUGUUGGAAAUGUUUGCUCUGACAAGCUUCUGGCUUUGGUAAAAACCUUCUAAAAGGUGACUUUGAGGCCAUAAUCUUUCCACCUGGUCAACAGCCAUCAAACAGAGAAGCCAUAACUCUUCGUAUGCUUAACUAUAGAUCACUCUGCACAUUAAUAUAACUAAAAGAGUUGAGCUAAAAGAUAGUCAUCUUUGUUAGACCUGUUUUGGCGACAAAAGGAGGACCGACUCGCAACAAUUUGAACACCAUGAUACUUUUAAAACAUUCAGAACUGCUAAAUAAAUGAGACACCAGAUAUUUCUUUGUGACCUGUAGCAGCACUGGGAACUGGAUUUUGCUAACUCCUGACAAAAUCAGGCCAGCAGUCUCAUUCUGUUUACUCUUUUUGUGUGAGGGCAGCUGUGUAUUUUGCAAACAGACGUGAGAGUGGUAUCAGUGUUUUUUUUUUUUAAAGCUACUGUGAGGAACUUCAGUUUUGAGUCUAUUUUUUCUGCCCCAGUAGAAAAACUGUCAAGACUAGUUUAUUUGCUGAUCCUGUCAGAGGAAAAGAAAUCCUCCUGCUGUAUUCUAGCUGCAAAACUAUCACUCAUCUUGAAUGCUUUUCUUUUAGGAUUAGAAACUGCUCCUCUGAACGCUGUGCCUUGCUCCGACAGAGAGUUGUUUUUUUCAAGUGAUCAUAUAAAAAUGAGGUCUUUUCCCUGAGCGUCUUGUUUGCUUUCGUAGAGACGAGGGCUGGGCGAUAAAACAAUAAUGAUGCAUAUCGAAAAUUCAUUUCCCUCGGUAUCAAUAUGAAACAUGGUCAAUAUGUCAGCAUUCUGCCAUGUUUUGGUAGACUAUACAAAUAGCCAAUGAAAAAGGGAGUUGCUCUCGGUCGUGCCACGCCACUACACGUGCUGAAUUAGAACCAAGUAGCAAACAACUGCGUAGUAGCAGGCAGCAGCUACACACAACCAUUGCACUUUAACACGUGAAGCCGGCAGCACUGUCGGUGAGAAAAAAAGAAAUGAGUGCUACGGUACCCCCGACAGAAAUGCAGAUGAAGGCUGAACAGAUGACGACAUCGUCAACAACACUGGCAUGAAAACGUCAGUGGUGAGGAGGUAUUUUAGUUUUCUGAGGUCAUGUUAAAUUUCAUUUAAGAUUGACAAGUGAUUUUUUAUAUCGUGAUACAUAUCAAUAUCGUCUGAUAGGAACAAAUAUAUUGUGAUAAACUUCUUCCCAUAUUGCCCAGCCCUAGUAGAGACCAAGAUUAGCAGUAUAAUGAGUUUCAUAGGCGUUCAGAACCCUUUGAUAUGUGUAAUUGUCCCCUCAGGGGGUAACUUAAUAUGAUCCUGAAGUCUUCUAGAUGUUCAACACAAAAACUUAAAAACCGAGGGUACAAAAGAUGUCAUUACAUUGCAUCGUGGGAAGUGUAGUACCCAGCAUUGUUGAAAGUAAAUGCAUUCUAGGAACUCUUAAGGCAGAGUUUCUUGGACUCCUCUGCUUUAAUUUUUCAUCUGUUUCUUGUAAUCCCCUCAACUCUGUGGAAAUGUAAAACUCAUUCACUUAGAUACUAUUUUGAGUGUGAAGUCUGUCCAGACUUGGAAGUUCCACAGCCAAAAUCCCCCUUCAGUUAACUUCCUCUUCACUUGAGCUCAGAAGCCUUGCACUUUGUCGUUGCAAAUUACAUCUUCAGUAACCCUUAACUUAAUGUAGCAAGGGGCAAGCCUGCACUCGAUGAUAAGUCUCUUGUGUGCGGCACAUGCAUAUAAAUCACACAUACACACACACACACACACACACACACACAGUCAAUGUAGCAUCUUAAGGCUUGAGAGAAUCCCCUUUAUCCCCUCCAGUGUAUGUCCAUCUGUUUGACUUCAAAUUAAAACGCCGUGAGGCUCGGAAACAUAUGGUGUAUGCACACAUGAAAACACACACAUACAUUGGGACAGACAAAGCUCGCACACAAGCUCCCGAUCGCGGUCUGCUGGUGUGGACAGACAGCUCUGAAGGGGAAGCUGACUAAGCAGCGACAGCUCUACACUCAGCCAACAGUCAUGUCAUCUCUCCUGGGCCCAGCGCAGCAUAACAACAGCCUGCGGGGUCGAUAUCCGAGCAGCUACUGUAGGUUUUUACAACCAAUGUUUAUGUGGGAAAAGACCUUAAAGCGGAAAAACAUAUUUAGGCCUGUAUGGGUCCAAGCAAAAUAUGGUUGUGGUCAAAAGCGGCACAGUUUUAAUUAUAGACUCGGGUGUCAUACAGUAUGGGGGAGAGCCUGGUGCUUACAGAGCUCAGUAGGGUCUUUUUUUAUUUAGCGGACUCUCAUCCAGUCUGACACAUGGACAGAACAGGAAGUCCCUUUGGUGACCUCUUCAUUGUUCAACAAAACAGUCUGCUGAUGGCUCCAGACAUCAUGUUAGUCAUAUUCACUCAUGGACAUGCCUCAUCUUGUGCUAUUUUGAUCACUUCUGUAAUGUAACUAGAGGAAACUGUUUUUUUUUUGUUGUUGUUGUUGGGUUUUAAAAUCAUGAGUUUCUUUUAUGAUGUUUUCGCUGUUUUCCUGCUCUGGUUCCAGGCGACCAGAUCAGCUCAUUAGCUUGAUGUAGCAUGCUGUCAAUGAAGAAAUGGAGCAAAAGAAGAAGACAUUUUUCUUUCCAUUUUAUCACAUUCUGUACUAUCAUUUUUCCCAGUUUAUUCUCUAUGAAAGCAUGACAGGCUGCCCUGAAGGGUUAAGACCCCUGCCGAGAGAGUCUGGUCCUGACACUUACAGUGACUGACAGCUCAGCUGAUGUGAUCCUCAGGUGGAAGCCUUAGUAAGAAAACAGCUGGUGCCAAGUAGAAGAAGAUACUUGCAAAAUGUUAUGACUAAUACCAGCAGGAUUUCAGUACAGCGUUCCCAGAGAAAACUGCAAUUUAAAUGUGGAGAUUUUUUUACUCUGUUUUAGAUAAAGCUCAUAAAGUGUUGGAUUACCUUUCAGAUACACCUGCAGAGUUUUGCCAGCUUCUUCCUAACUGCUUUCUAAAUGUCAUUUAUCCCAGAGAUUGUAAAGUCGAGCUGGCUGCAGGCUUAGAUAACACAUUGUUGCUUUAUUAGGAAAUAAGCUUGUGGCCAGCAGGUUCCCUCUGGCCUCAGUGUAGGUUUAAAUAGUCUGAAAAACACCACUGGUCUGGUACUGCCCUAUUUGGGAUACAAAGCCACCACAAUGAAGGCCUUUGAUGAACUGGACAGUCGGUGGGGGUGGAGGACAAGUGGCUGUGUGCAUGUGAGCAAAACUUGGUUAGAUAUGGGUGUGUGUUCCAGAUUGCUUGAACUGAAGUGAUACAAUAAGCAUCUGGCUUGUUAGAGAAGAUCAUUCAGAAAGCUUGAUCUGGACCCCACUUGGGUUGAUGAAAACAUCAGUGAUGCUCCGGUCAGGUUUAUAGUUUAUAUACGCAGGUUUUGUCACAUUUACUGAGCUGGCUGUUGUAAAGUGAAGUAAUCUGUCCAGCUUUAGGAACCUCACAAACCCUCCUCUCCAUCAUCUUCCCUCUGUCCUUGUUCUGCUAGAGGGGGACAAAGACCAGCCUGUUUCUGGUGCUGUGACCUACUUUAACCCAGAAAAGACUGAACCAGACAGGACUGAUAAUGCGAAGAGAGAAAGACUCCCUGAUCAUCACAACAUCUAUACAGACAGUCAUAUUUAAACUGAGGUAGCUCGAUUUUUCACAACUUUUUGAAUUUGAUGGAGGGAUUGGCUCAAGUUGAGAAGAGGAGAAAAUCCCCUUCAGAUGAUUCAUGAGAAUUAAGAAAGCCCCCACCUUGGGAUACUCAUAAUUCAUAAAUUACAUGUGAAACUGACUCAAAUGACCUGAUUUAUUAAGCCUAAAAUUAAGAUUCUGACUUUGGUGUGUAAACAAAGUCAGAACAAAAGUGGCUUUGUUGGUCAAUUGCAUGUACACGGAUUGAUACAAAAAUCGAUACAGCAUAGUAUUGCGAUAUUUUGUCUAAUGAUGUAUCUUAUCGCUCAUUUACCAAAUAUUGAUUUUUCAAUUUAAUUGUUAAUACAAAGUCAAAUCUAUGGUAAUGGAAAAAUACCAUCAACUGUGUCCAGUGAGGUUGGCAGAGGUGACAUCAAAGAGCAGGAGAAAGUUAAUGCAACAAAUAUAAAAAGAUUUGCAAGAUGUGCCACAUGAAAAUAACAUACAUUGUAAAUAAGACAUAAAGGAUAACCAAAUGCUAAAUUAGCUAAACAGUUGAAAAAAAACGUAUAUAUCGCAAUAUAUUGUAUCAUAAUACUCACUAUAUUGCAAAAUGUUAAAAAUCGCAACAUCGUGGCCCGAGUAUCGUGAUAAUACUAUAUCAUGGGGCUACUAGUGAUUUCCACCCCUGUUCGAUAUGUUGCACAGUUAUAUUUUUUUUCCAUAGAGUUGAUGUGUUCAAAAUCAAGUCAAGGUUAAACUAACAUGAGAAAUAGAGAGACAGCGAUCACAUUUUUUAUCAUAACUAGGAAAAAUGUGCAAAUGUGAGUAUUGUAGAUGAAAUAUAGGUGUAUAAUCUUUAAGGGCAGACAUUACAAACAGAAAAUGGUGACUUAAUAUUGUCAAUAAGUUUUUAAAAAGUGUUUGUGUUACUUUGACGUAAAACAAAUAGUACAACAACAUAUAACGUGUUAUCACAGUUCAUUUUGCUCAUGCUCUCAUUUCACCCGAAACUCCAAAGAAGCUUGAGUCGGCGCGGUCUUUUCGAGAAGCACCUUCAGUUCUUCUGCAGUGCUUUUACCACUACAGCAUUCACACAGGCGCUCAAAAUAACCACGGGGGGACUGAAGAAACCACAGGAAAGCUUUUGCGCCCACAAACUACCUCUGUGUUGCUCUGUAAGCCUUCCACUGAGGGGAAUAAGAGGAGGUGGGUGGAAGACACACAAAUGAGGGCGUUUUAUCUUCGACCGUGUGGGUUUAUUUCAGCCACAGAAACGCUUGAUUCCAUUUUUUUUUCCCCAUCAGUUCCUAGAGCGAUAUGUAGAGCUUGAUGAAUAAUUCAAACAUUAAAAAAAUCCUUUAAUUAAUGAUUUUUCUCUAAUGGGAUGAUACAGUUCAGUGGAGUUUUAUAGUCUCCACAAGUGAAUAGUUUUGAAAAACACAACAAUUACAAAGCAAUCACACAGCACUGAAAAUGUUUGAAAGAAGAUUUGGAGAAAAGGGCAUAUUUAAUAAUGCAAGAGAGCCAGUGUGGAAGUGAUGACAAAAAAACCUAAUGCCUGGAGUUAUAGCUUGAAUUUGUCGUACAUUUAAUUUUGAGCUGCAAAGUGAAAAACAAGUAAACAAGAACCAGUAAUGAGUUUUUUGUUUGAGACAGUUGUACUAAUGGGGGAGGUGGAUAUGUGAACCCUUUUUUUGAUACCACAGGUACUGCAGUUUUCUCUUACUCAUUUGUUGCGGUUGAACACAUGUCAGCUUCCUGAGAGACGGCUCAAGAGGUGUCACUUUUAGGGUGUCAGUAAACAGAUGAGGUGGGAAAAGUGUGGCUCUUAACUUAUGAGCUGUGGCUGCAACCUCAACAGGCUCGAUGACAUGAAGACCAGAAGACAUGUUUAAUCAUGAGUUUACUCCAGAAAAUUGAUGAAAUUUUUAUUUUUAUUCCAAAGCAUAUCAGCGUGAAAUAGUGAAUUAUCAAGCAAACAGCUGGUUCAGAUGGUGCACAGAGCAACUUUUUCACUUCUUUAGAAGCACCUUGAAAAAAAAAAAAAACACUGAAAUUACGCUCUGUUGUGUCUAUACCGAUUAAUCAGUGACAUAUGCUGCUCCUCGGUGCUUCCUCGUGGUUAUUAUUAGCUUGUUGCUGUCUUUUUCUUUAUGUCAUUUACUGCUAAUAUACAGUUAUUUUAUAAAUCACUCUCACAGCUGUUGGCAACAAAGACCCCUGAGCAAGGAUCAGACUGGGAUACAAGUACAUCUCAUUUAAUUUAAAAGUUCAGAAAAAGAUCUUUUUUUUUCAUUGUCCAAUGCAAAAAAAGUAAACUUCUAUAUUCAUGACAUGUAAUCAGAAAUAUUUGUGAUGGAUUUUGCUCAUAGCCGAUAAAAAAAUCAGAAAUACAGUAUCUUGAUUUAUGUCAGUAUUUUCUAAGAUUAUUCCAAAAAAAGGAUUUAAAAUGAAAUUGUUCAGCUUUAGAAGAGUAUGUUUAUUUACAAUACUUUUUAUCAAUGAUCAUUAAUGACGUGGAGUCUGUGGCACUGCUGAACUGCUAUUGAAGCUCAGUUCUAGAGCUGGGCGAUAAACCGAAAAUUUACUGAUGCCGAAAUUUACAACAAUAACCAACGUCAUUCUGCCCAUGUUAAAAUAUUCAGUGUCAAAAAAUACAUAAAUAAAAGUUGGUUUUGGAUGUGUGUAGGUAGGCUUUGGUCUCAUGUCCCUUUAAGACGCUGUCCUACGUCAGAGAUGUGACUCCACCCCAUCCAGUCGAUAACAAAGAGGGAAAGACAGGUGAGGAGUUGGAGAACGGUUCGAAAGUUGUAGCAGCUGGAGCGGCCGCUGAAGUAGACGAAGUUAAUGUGGGAGGGGGUGAGCAGCUUGCGGAGUAGCUAUUGUUCAUUUAUCGUUAUCAAGGUGAAUUGUUCAAUAAAUUGAUAUUGAUUUGAGGACAUAUCGCUCAGUCCUACUUAGUUUGCUCCAAUAGAUGCCUCCUGUUGGUCUUUUUUGGGGGGUUCUAAUCAGAUAGGGUAAGUUGUCUGGCCAAUAAAGGACAAUGAAAUCAUGGUCAGCAAGCCAUUUAGUAGUAGUUUUGAUACUUUCAGAAGGUGCUAAAGAAGCAUGAAGAAUGUCUCAGUAGGCAGCUGUAUUGACUUGAUAAAACGGAGUGGUCCAACAGCAGAUAUGACAUCCUCAAACCAUCAAAGACAGCUGGGACUUCACACUGGACUUCAAACACCCUGGAUUCUGUACCCCUCCAGACUCUAGGACCUUGAUUUCCAAAUGAAAUUUAAAUUUCGCUUUCAUCUAAAGAGAGGACUGAGAACCACUGAGCAGCAGCUUCUUCGGCCAAGAUAAGUCGUUUCUGACAUUGUCUCUGGUUCUGGAGUGGCUUGAUAAGAAGAUUGUGACAAUUGCGGCUCCUUUCCUGAAGAUGUGUGUGCAUGCUGGGUCUUGGCGUACUGACACCAGCCUCAGUCGGCUCGUUGUGGAGCUCUCCUAAGUCCUUGAAUUGAUUUGUCUUGACACUCCCUUCAAAGCUGCAGUGAUCCUUGUUGCUAAUGCACCCUUUCCUAUCAUCUGGUUUGCUUUGGGGAUCAUUUUCCGAUCAUCUUGUGGACAACCAUCAAGUCAGCAGUUUCCCCAGUAUUGUGGUUGCAUGCUCUGAACUACCCUGAAUGAUGCCUGGUACUUUUACUGUUUAAAUAGUGAAUUAAUCACACUUAAAAUGAAGUGAUUUGAACUGCAAAUUUUUAAUUUUAGAGCUGUAGGCUAUCACUAUCAAUGAGAAUAGGAACGAUGGUUGGUAAACUUGUGAAGAAUCUGUAAUACAUUUAAUUUUCACUUUCAAAGAUGAGUAAAAAAUAUUAAAAUCUGUCAUGAUAUCCUGACUUACUGAGAUGCACCUAUGCACACAAAGCCACACAAUACCUCAUGACACAAUACAUUCGACUUUAUUGCCCACUUGGGGAGUUAUAUCUCUGACUCAGGCGCUGCACACGCACAAGUGCCUGCACAAAAGUAUCAAUAACAACCCUCUUAUGUGCAGCUUCACAGCAGGCGACAGAAACAGCCCCUACUUUUUGAAGCUGUUUAUUUUUUGUCGCUGCGUCUCUCAUUAGCAGCACAUUUGCAUCAGCUUCCUCAGUGUGCACUUUGAGUUACAUUGCAGAGUAUUUUCAUCUUCAUUUGAGAACUGUGAUACGAAGUCUACAUGAGCUGACACUGGACUUUAUUUGUAACAAAGCAGCCGUGUUCUCUAUAAAAGUGUAAUUUCUCUACAAUCUGUCUCUGUCAAAUAUGGGGGUGCAACAUUUAAGCAACAAUCCUUGAAUUCUUUUAAUUGCACUUGUGUGAACAGAGUAACAGACUCGCUGUAAUUGUAUUGAACAGUUUAAAGUGGAGCGCAAGCAGCUGUGUAAGCAGCCGCCGUUUGCUGCGACUUAAUUGCAAGGGUGAGCUGUCGUGCAUUUUCAUUUGAAAGCUUUUGUGGCAGCAGAACUUCAUUGAUCGUCGUCACACGAGGAAGCUACAACCACUCUUUUGUUGUUGAAGGAGUGUAUGAAACAGGCAGCACUGUGGAGCUGUAAUGUAAUACACAGCAUUGGCCGGUUGGGUGGUCUGUGAUGAUGAUGCUUUGACCAGCGUGGACAUUCAUCACCUCCUGUAUGUGUCUGCUCCCACGGGUCAGGGUUGGGCGGGUAGAUAUUUAUAGUGGACCUAGAUGCCUCAGUGUGUCUCUGGUAUGUGUGGGCAGCCGGGCUGAGAGGCACCUGUGUGUAGUGUUGUUGUUCCUCUGGUGCACCUGUAUGCUUGUGUGUGUGUUUUUGUGUGUUUCCAGUCUGAUUAAAUUUUGUGUGCCCGCUGAAGCGCACCAAAUGAGCACAGGCACAAGCCUUCUGCUGUGUAACAGGAGCCUGAAGGAGAGAAAAGUAGAAGUGCAUUUGAGCCCAUCUUGUCCUGAUUUUCUUUUUUCUCUCUACUGGAAGUGAAGAGAGGGAUUCAUCAUCUCUGUGACGGUCUGUCGGCUUGUUUCACUCUGAAAGACCGUCUCUCUUACAGCCUAGCAUGAAAAGCUGUCACAUCAGGUUUGAUGAACAUUAAAGCCUUUUUUUCUUACAAUGGAGAUUGUUUUUACUUGUUAGUUUUUGAACAACACAUCCAGGCACCUUAAACCAGCUAUACAAAAAGUCUUUGUUUAACAGCUGACAUUUUGAAUUUUUCAUCUGUCCUAUCUUGCCUUUAGCUUCUCCGUUUCUUCCUUAUCGCACUGUCUUGCGCACACCUUGCAUUUCCCACCAUCUCCAUGCUCCUUCCCUCAUAUUUGGAAGACGAGCUGCGGCAUGUAAGGAAUUCGUAUCAGCCAGCGUGCACCUUGAAACACAUCAGAUACAGAGGGGAAGAAAUUAAAGGAAUGAGGGUAGGGAGAUGUGGAAAGGAGGUCAGGCAACACAGGUGAAGUUGCUGCACUGACAGAAUCUUCGGAGCCGAUAUUCGCCCUGUUAGUUUCACUUUGGUGUCAGCUCGUAUCUCAGUGAAAACCUCGACAUUUAUAAACCUCACAGAGAUAAAGCCCGCUUUGUAAACCUGCCUUGAAUCCGAAAAAAAAAAAAAAAGCAAAGGGGCGUGUUUGGCUCUUACACACAACUCGACAUCACCCCCUGGAGGCAGUUUUAGGCCGUGUUGUGUUACAUUUCUUUCCAGCAGAGCUAAAUAAACAUGGGAUGUGUUGAGUUGUGGACAGCAUUGAUUCACUCUGUGCAGUGGUCAGCACUGACGGGGGCUCCAGCAUGCAGGAUGUCCUGUCCUGCCUCUGAUGACAUGAGGCACUUCGAUCAAAUCCAACCUCACAAAGUAAAUGAAUGCCUCUGUAUCGAUUUUAUUUCUAUUUUAAAAGUUGUUUCUGACUUUAAUUGGUUGCAAUUCAAAUGCUCGCCCAACAUCUGUCCUUCCUUUUACUGUUUACAUAGCUCACAGCUUCCUUUACAUCCCCUCAUUUCCCCUCCAGCCCCCUCCCUGGAUGUCUAAUUUUCCUGUCUUUUCAAACCCUUCCUUUACCACACCAAUCCUCCCAGUCCCCUUUUUAUCUCUCUCUCUCUCUCACUCUCUCUCUCCCUCUCUCUCUCUCUCUCUCGCUUUCCUUCUCUCUUUCCAGUAAUGAGCCCCAUGCUGAGCAGCGUUUGUGUAAUUAAAAUGCACACCAUUCAUCUGGGAGGAAGGGAGUCUCCGUAAUCUGCGUCAACCCACAUUCUAGCCUCUGAGGAUUUGCCGACUGCUCGUGCAGACACACACACACAUGCACGCACGCACGCACACACUUCCUCAGUUUCACCCGCUAUCUCUUCCUCGCUUCUCCCUCUGCCAUUCCUCAUUGUUUGAGCCCAGCUGUGCCCUGCCGUAUCAUAUUUGGUGUCAUGGACAUGAACGCUAACAGAAAGCUGGUGUUUUUGUUUGUUUGUUUGUUUGUUUGUGGCUGUAAAUAAAGAGCAGACUGUGUAAGUUCUGGGUGAGUGUAGCCUGAUUUAAAUGGGCAGAACUGAAUCUGUCACCCUCUCAAACUAACUACUGCUUCUCAGGGAAAUGAUGUCUCUCAAGGCUUUACCUCGUUUUAUUCCUUUAACAUCAAACAGCAAUGCUCAGGGAAGCCUCUUACCUGAGUUUCCAAAAAUAUACGGAAAUAUGCUCCAAAAAAAGUUCUCUCCAAAGGAUAAGGAGGAUUUAGGAGGCUGGCUUUGAAGACUGAGCACUUGCAUGUCUCCUUUGAGUUCCUUGUUUGACUGUAGUUCCAUUUUUGGUCACUGGGGAACGUGUCUGCUCUGUGCACCAGUGUGUCACGGUAUGUUCCCUUGGCACAGGAGGCUGACACACCUCUGUGUGUUUGUGUAGUUUCUGGAUAGGCCAGAGCAUGUCUUACACUUGGUAUUCAAUGAACAAAGACCCUAGUUUUCAUAUUUAAUGUUCAGCCUGUAUCCUCUAAAUUAGAAUUGUAAUCAAGCCUCUUCUUUGAGCUGUUGAAUUUUUCAUGUCAGACUUUUUAGACGCACAGAUCACACAAGAGCUGCUGUCUUACAGGGUAAGUGUUUCAUAUAGCCUGGGGGUUUGUGUUUUGUGUAAUUCUGUUUGGGAGCAGCAGAUUCUUUGUGAACAGGGUUAGGCCGGUGCAGCUCCAAAGCUAAGUUGAUUAACAUCUCUUGAGUAAACCAUCUGGACUAACAUCUGCUGACGGAGGUCUCCUCCAGCUGCAUCAAAACUUUGUUCUGACACCAGCAGCAGAAAUGCACUGAGGCCUUACAUUUGAUAGGGAAGUUUCUGCAGAAGUGUUGGAGUUGUUGUGGACUGUUUUCACCUCCUUCCUGCUGAGCAUUCACAUUCGUCUGAUCGAGCUACCAGGGGUGGGAGAAAAAUCAAUUCACAUAAGUAUCAUGAUUUUUGGUUUCACAAUGUUUAAAUUAAUGUAAUGUGUAAUUUUUUUGUUCAAAAGUCCUUUUUUUUUUCAAAUUUAAGAAUAAAUCUUAAAAACUGACUUACAUGUGAUGUGUAUUUUUUGGGGAAAUAUGGUUCCUGGAAUAGUCAGUAGACAAUCCUAAUCAUUCAACUGUUUCACUGGUGUUAAAAAUGCAGACUUAAGAUUUAGAAAAUCGACAAUAUCGUAGAAUUGCAAUUGAAAUUGAUUCGGCAUCCAAAAAAUCGUAGAAGAAUCGAAUCGGGAGAAAAGCGUAUUGUCCCAGCCAUUCUAGCUGCCCUUUAGCUUUGUCUCUCUAGUACUCCUGAGUGUGAAAAUGUAGGGCAGUCUUUAACCAUAUCACUUGGCUGCAUUGUAAGUCUUCUGAACUCUUGACUUCUGCUUCUGAGUUCACCAGUGAGCAAAAACCUCAAAGAUUUAGCUCAUCAUUGCUGACUUCCUCUUCUUGAGGACCAAAAGUAAAGCCUAGAGACUGCAUUUUUUGGCACACCAGCCUCUUUGAUAGUCUUUAGCAUCUGUCAAUAUCAGCCUUCAUCAUAUACCAAACUUGGUAUGAACUACAAAGAUUGGCAGCCCUUUUACCCUCAUCGGUUUGUUUUAUCUACAACCCAGCACGAGCUGGCUGCAGCAGUGUAAACAGCAGGCUGUGCUGUGUCCAUAAUGAAGCUCAGAGGAAUGUGUUGGGCUUCUGUGUCCAGAACGGAGUCUCCGCUGUGAAACCAAGUCAACUGGCAUCUCAGCCAUGCUAAUCAUGCUAAUGUGAAGUCCGGCCAAGUGGAUCUUGUACUGAUCUGGCUCUGGUUCUGCUGUGUCUCCUCUCAGUCUGGGAAACAUGACAGUCUAAAAGUCCUCUGCACUGACGUUACUACGCUGUGCUGUCUCAGCUUUCAUUUUUAUAUUGGACGUAUGAAGUUCAUUUCCAGGGGUCCUUUUUUUAUCCUCACAUCGUAUUUAUCCUCAGAGGGCUACUACUGACGACCUCUUUCAUCCCUGUAGAUUGUACUGUUCAUUAUGAAAUCACCCAAGUGCUCUCCAAAGGUCAAUAUUACACCCUUAGAUCUUGUUUUUUUCCAUGAUUCAAAGAUAUGUAGAUAACUGUCAGACGGAGGCAAAGAAACCAGAAAAUAUUGACAUUUCAAGGCAGGAAUCUGAGAUUCAUCGCCUUCAAAUGAGGCUCAGAUUCAGUUUGUGUUGUACAACUAACAAGUCAAUCCAGUGAUGGUUGCAGUUCCUUAUUCAUUUUUUUUUUAUCCUGAUACGUUCAGUGAUCAUUGAAAUCUGAGUGUGAGUCAGGACAAACCUCAGCAGAGUGUGUGCUGACAGUGUGUAGGAGGGGCUGACUGUACCUUAAUAUACCUUUGUGAUACCACUCCCUUUGUCGGGCAUGUCUGUGAUGAUAAGCUCUGCUUGCUCUCAGCCUUCCUCAUUUCACAACUGUGUGUACUCUUCAUCUGCUGUAACAUAGUCAAGCCAAAGUUGGACAACUCCGUCCUCAAGACAGUUUCCAGCAGGGGAGUCAUUUGCGUGAGUACUGUCUCUUACUUGAGCUUUAAGGCUGCGAGGUCAGAGCUGGCGUUAAUUUUAACCCCUCCCUCUCCUCUGUACCCUGACCCUCUGCUCUGCUCUCACAUGGAUCCCCCCCUCACCCUCCUCACUCUUCCUCUCUUAUACUGAUUGUAGAGUUAAGAGAGGCAGUUCCUGCCUGGCAGACAGUCUGUUUGGGUUGCCCAGUUCCUCUUUUGCCUCUUCCUCUUUCUCUGUAUUAUCACCUCUUCAUUUCCCUCGGUGUCAUGUCUUGUCUUUUUUAAGGUACGUCACUUCUCUAUAUUAACUAUUUUAUGUUUGAUAAUUUUCUUGCCCCAUUGCUUUAUGUUGUGGAUUGUAUUUGAUAUCGCAAACAUCUCGGACAUACGAGCAAUAAUGCAGUUUUAUGUAAACAUUUUUAAAUACUCCGCUAACUGUACUUUGAAAAUCUUGCUGCAAUAAAGAUCAAUCAUUGAUUGUAGCUUGAUUGUACUUGAUCAGCAUCUAACCUUUUAUUUCUUUGAGUUUGACUGGAAUUUUCUAUCAUUUUGUGGAUUUCUGAUGAACAACACCCUCAACAGUCUGAAACAUACUGAUAUGAUGAAAAUAUAUGAUAAUGCACAAAUCUAAAUGUUGUAUUUGAGUCUGUUAACAUAUGCUUCCUUACGUCUUGUUAGGGGUUUUGUUUGUUGUACUUGUGAAGUUCAAGAGAAACUAAACCCUGCUGUGGUGAGUGAGCGCGCUAAAAUAAGCCAAGUAUUCAGUAAUACAGUCUGAGCUCUUCUUCAAAUCCCCCGUAAUGUUAUGUGUCCUUCUACCUGCUGGUUAGAGCCGCUGAAUAAGUAGUUGUUUUCUUCCUCUCAGAGUACUAAAUGACCCCUUCAUGUAAGGGUGGUUGCUGUCAGAUGAUAAAUAUAAGCAGGUAUGACAUGGUCUCAGACUUGACUGUGACUCUUGGAUUGAAGACAUGUCAGGGCUGUGGGCAGACAAGGGUCAAUGAGUAACCAAAGGAGUGGCUAUGGCAGUCUGUGCGGUUCAACUUUUACAACUCCAGCCUACCUGAUGUCACUGCACAUGGGGAUUGGACUGAUUGUGAAAGAGGUGUGAUUGUUGGAUCCUGUGUUUAUGGAACUUGUCAUGAGUUGCCUGGCAUUAAACAGGGCAAAAUAUUGGACAUUCAAAUGUUAAAAACAGUGAGCUUUUCCUCAUUUGAACAUUGCAAUGGGACACAACUUUUUUACUUCCAAUACGAUACUAAUAUUGUAGCCUCCAGUAUUGGUAGAUACUGAUAUUGAUCUGAUAUAGCACAAACUUGUUCAUGACAAGUUUUGCACUCAGCUGCUACGUCUAUUUUGGAAAAAAAUACUACCACACGGUCAAGAUCACUCCUACCCCUUGAUACUGUGUUAGUACUUUAGUACACACUGUUGUUGUGAUUAUGUGGCCUCUGCAUGCUGUAUCCGAGUGCUGCUAAAUAGAGGUGCUGGAGUGGAGUCUGGAAUGGACUGCCAAGUAUCAAAGUGCUGAUAUCGGAGAUUUUAGAUGCAGGCCGAUAUAAUCCGAUAUUUGUUUUUUGCUGGUACCGGACAGAUAUUUGAUAUCAAUACCGGAUCAGGACAUCCCUAAUGUGCAAUAUGGUGAUGUGUAUGAGAUGCAGUUAUGAUUGGUGUGUGCUUCUGGGCUUCUUUAUUGACCUAUAGUUGUUUGUUCUUUAAAUGUUUUUAAAUUGGAUUUAAAAUUACCAUGUUGAAGACAUCCAACACAGAUGGCAGUGAUGACAUUUUUCUUUAGGAUAAAGUGUGCUGUGGCAUGGAGUGGUGUGUUGCAUCAUAUCACUCUUUAUGAUAAUGUAUUAACUUGAGAUUUCCUUCACUGAUAAAUAAAAACAUCAGAAACCCAUUUUGCCGUUAUUACUCUGGGAAUCCACCUGCAGAUUUGCUGUACUGUUUACAAAGCAAUGGUUGCAAUGGCUCAGUACAACAGCAGACAUUAAAAAGGACAACUACCGUUCAAGAAGUUGUAUGACACCUUUUUUCAGGCCUCCUCUGGAACAAAGAACAAUAUACGCAGACCUGUCCCCGGGGCUACAGGGAAAUAUAAUUAGCUUCAGACCUAUGAUGAUAAAGUCUUUGUUUUCUAUCUCUGCAGAUGCUUUGUUGGCGGACCUUGAGUCCACAACAUCCCACAUUUCCAAGCGCCCACUCUUCCUGUCUGAGGAGACCGCCUACUCCAUCCCUGUUGGGGGUCAAAUCCAGCAAAACAUCUGCUCUCCACCAGCCCUGUCAGAGCAGAACGGACUAGAUGAAACCGAGGUGAAGAGACACAAAUAUGCCUGCUAUCGUGUGAUGAACUGAUGUAGAGUUAUUCAUAUUUCAUCAGUGAACAGACAUUUUAAGUCUCUCUAUCCCUGACUUUACUUCCUCUCUUUAGUCCUUCAGUCCAGCUCAGAGAAGUCCUUGGUCCAGAGAGAGCAACAGUCCAACCCAACCCACUGGUGAAGAGGACCACGUAUACAGGUGAGUUAAUACAAAGUUCAACAAUACCCUGUACCCCCUAAAUGCAAAAAAAAAAAAACUCUUUUGGAAAAAGAGACCCCAUUUUGGCACCCGGCAUCCUGCAAAAAAAGUCCAUUAUAUUGUCUUCAACUCUAUAAAUGAGUGCUUCUAUUUAUGUACAGAAGACAAAAACGGCCAUGAAUUUCUCUUUUUUCAUGCACUGUUAUCUUGUGAUAACGACUUAUUAUCUUAACAAAAAAAAAGAUAAUUUUCUUGUGAUAAUGAACUAAUUAAUAAUGUGUCUGCCAUUGUUACUGUUGUUGUCCAAUCCACGCAUGGCAGUUUGAAUUUCCCAUGUUGAAAGUGUAAUGUGCAUGAGGAAAGUGGAGCGUGCCAUCAGUGUUUUCAUUGAAAACCCGACCUGCUGUUGACAACAGUGGCCACGGUGUUUCAGAAAUAUCCCAAUCUAGAAAGGAGUUUUUAAAAGUUAUAGCUCAGGUCAGCGAAAACGCCAUUUCCGUUAUCACGAAAAAACAAUCUUUGUUGUGUCGAGAUAACGAGAAAAAAAUAAUUCAUCAUCACAAAAAAACGAACUUUGUUAUAUCAAGAUAAGUUGUUAUCACAAGAUAACGGUGCAUAAAAAAAUCCAUGGCUGUUCUGGAUUUCUGUAAUUUAGUACUUGACUGACAGUUCUGUUAAAAAAAUACAUCCAGUUUGUAGCAGCAGCAUUUUAAUUCAUGAUGAUCAUCUCUCUCUCUCUCUCUCUCUCUCUCUCUCUCUCUCUCUUUCUGUCUGUCUGCACAGUUUUCCUAAUAAACAGAAGAAUAGUGACUCAUCAGCUGUCGCCAUGAACUCAUCCUUGGGCAGUAACCUGUCAGAGCUGGACCGCCUGCUGCUGGAGCUCAAUGCUGUCCAGCAAAGCACACCUGCCUUCCCCACAGAAGGUACACCAACAUAACUUUGUCUGAUCUUGUUUCAUGUUUUUGUGGAGGAACUUCGAUGCCACACUCACAUUUAACAAUUCUGUUUCUGAACUAUGUAUUUUCGGUCUUGAUCAUAUUUUCUAUUAUGCACCAUUUUUUAUAUCAGAAGAAACAGCCCCUCCUUUGCCUGCCAGCAGCAUCGUUCACCAUAUCCAAGAAAAUGGAGUCUCCAUUGCAGGGAAGGUAGCUCCACCCGUAUUAGAGAAGCCGAAACGUGUUGGAGCAGCUCGAGGAAUAGAGGAUGUACGACCAAGUGUAGAGAGUCUUCUAGAUGAGCUGGAAAGUUCUGUGCCCUCACCCAUGUAUGUAUUAAAUUUAUCAAAGCAAUAAAGAAACUAUCAUUCAGUGAAGUCGGAAAAAGAAUUUGCUCAGGAGACGUAUAUGACCUUUUAAAGUUAAGCAUCCAUAAAUUUAGUCGACUUCUUUUCUGCUUUAGUCCCACACCACUGGCCGUGUCUGACGAACAAACAGAUGGACAAGAGGAAACACCAGCACAGCAGCAAGCCAGAAUGUCUGCGUCCUCCGCCACUCGAGAGCUUGACGAGUUAAUGGCCUCACUGUCCGACUUCAAGGUCCAAAGCAAUGUGAGUUCAGUUCACAAGUGGGUUGAUUUUGUGCCAUGGCAGUUUGUAGAUCAAAUAAGGAAGCUCUUGUUUUCUAGCUCUUGACGACCUAUUUUGUUGCACAAAUAUUCAGUUAGUUGUAAAAAUGAAUCAUAUCUAUUCACUGACUGUUUCCUACAAGAGGUAUUUGAGGGUUGCUGCCGGCAUCCAGAUGGCAUUUGAACUUCCUUGCAAUAUACAUAAAUGAUCCUGCAGUUUACAACUAAAGAGGAAUUUUUGGGGUUAACGCUACAAAAUGAACAUACAACAGGCAGUUUCAUGAAAGUUCAUAUCUAACCCAUUAAACACAAGGAAAUCCAAGUUUCUUUAAAUUACACUGGUCUUCUUCCGUUGACACUUUGUUGAAGUUUAAAUCUGGUUAAAGGUGGGGUAGGCAGGAUCUGAGGAAUUGCCAGUUUUUGGGAGAAAUCUUGAAUGUAAUCUAAGGCUGCACAAUAUUGAAAAAAACUAACAUUGCGAUUUUUCUCAACCCUGCGAUAUAGUCUUGUUCGUUGCUCAUUUUGCAAUCGUUGUUUUACCGGUGUUGUGCCGAGAAACACAUGUCCUCCUAGAAUUGCAUGCACCUCGCAAAACGCGCACCACUUAUAGUAGAGUGGUCCACGGAAAUAAACAUUUUAAAACCCAUACAGUUCUUAUUUGUUGGGCUAAACAGUCGUGAGUAAAGUUCUGAAAGUAAUUUUCAGUGGACAUGCGUUUCUCGGCUCAAUACCAGCAGCGCCAGCAACUCACUCCAUGUGCAGGCAAUGUGCAGGGGUGGGUUUCCUCCUCUCUGAUUUUGAUUGACAGCUGGCAGGGUAGUCUGAUCGGCAGCUGAGUAAAGGACGAAGGUGAUUGGUGGAUCGCUGCACAGCACAUGCAGAGUCACAUGCAGUGUAUCUCAGUCAGUUACCCUUUAAAUUAACUGAGUUCGUUCACCUCAGCCUGCGAUGUGACUAUUGCACACACAUACAUCGGGAUGACGAUGCUGAAACGAUAUAUUGUGCAGCUCUAAUGUAAACACUACCCCUCCGAACCAGUUUUCCCCUCAGCUCCUCCUCUCCCCUCUGUCUCUGCUCCAGCAAGCCCCGCCCACAAACAGAUGCUCGUCCUCACUCGUAUCGUUCCAAUUAAAUUCAGAUAUAAUGCAGAUAAAUACUUCGGGUGAUUACAAAUGGGGCCCAGUUAAUGUGAAAAUGAAAAGCAUUGGUGCUACUGUAGAUGCCAACAGACUACCAGCAAACACAACGUUUGCUGGACUUCUACAAGUAGAAUAAAGUGACAUAGUCCAGGACCCGAGGUAAACAAUUUAGCAGCGCUACAACAUGCAGCAGGUCCCGUUUGACAAGAAAUACUUCUGUUACAGACACUUGGCUUACUAUGUUAAAGCAGUUUAACUGUCCAGCAGAAAGGUUACAGGGUCCGGAAGAUCCUAAAGUCUUGUCCGGUCUACCUCUGUUUUAAGCACCUGUUUUUCCGCCAGAGUCCACGGUAUUUACUUCAUUUUCUUGCUUGUGCUGGCAUUCGUGGCUAAGGGUGGAUUCAGACAAUUUUCUGUACUUUCUGGUUGGUUUCUACCGUCCGAUAUUGUAGCACACUAACUUUGUUUGGGCUUGUGAACUACACAGGGGAGCAUCAUUUGCCUUACAACCAAUUAGCACUAAAGAGCAGCAUCCGCCUCACAAUCAUUCAGGUUGGGGGAGGCAGAGAAUGGCUUUGUUUACAGUCAGAAAGAGCGGGCCGCUCAAAAAAUCGAAAAUGUUGACUCCACAGACAAAACAAAACACAACGAUAUCGUUAUAUUACCAAAUGUCAUCAAUAACUAAUAGCUGAUGACUGAUAUUAAUAUUAACUAUAUGAUAUCAUAUUGAUGAUAUGAUAUAUGAUAUGAUAUAUGAUAUAAUAUUAACUAAUGACUGAUAUAAAAAUCUUUUUUGUAGAUGCACCACAAAAAAAGAUGCUUUUUUAACGGAUUUCUGCCUACCCCACCUUUUAACAUACAACAGUUUCAUAAAAUCUCACAUCUAAUCCAUUAGACACAAGGAAAUCCAUGUUUCUUUAAAUUACACGGGUCCUCUUGUGUUGAGACCUUUUAAGUGUAAAGCCGUUUAAAUUUUGAGAUUUGAAGUGAUUGUGGUUCAGCACAAAUGAAAUUGAUUAUUUCAGUAAACUACUUUGUUGUAGAUUUUUUUUCUCAUGUAAGAAACUUGAGUGAACACUUCUCAUACUUUGCAUCCAUUGCGAGACAGUUGUCUUAUCAUUCUUUUCAUUCUCAAUGUGUUUCUCCUGGUGUCUUUCUCUUUUUUUUUCCACCACCAUGUCCGUCCUGUCUUUCAACACUGCAAUCUUCACAUCCCUGCACCUGAUUUAGUCUGGUUCUCAGUUGUCUGUGAAUCAGGAGACAAUUGUAGACCCUUCACUUCUAGCUGGUUCACCAUUUGUACAAGCAGUCACUGCUCCGUUUUCAAAUGCUAAUAUUGGUUCAGUGGAUACUCCCCCACCCUCACACUAUGAUACUCCCCCCUCUUCCCCUUUUUCUUUGGAGCUCCAUAUAGAUGAGGAUGGCUGUUCGGUCCCUACAUCCUCAGCUCGUUCCACAGUUGUGAUUUCAUCAUCCAGUGGCCUUCAGUGCACCCAGGUCCAACAGAUAGAUGAUGGUGUCAUUGUAACCUCUGAGAUCUCUACUGUGGAGACCCUCAGUAUUUCUAGUACUGCAAAGCCUCCUAGUCAAGGUGAAGCCUCUGAAGUUGCUCAUGGUAAAGUCUCAAGUCCACCUGAAAAGAGCUGGAGUCCAGUUGUGGUUGGAAAGAGUUUCAGCCCUGUGCCAACCUCACAGAGCUCCAGUCCAGUUGCAGUGUCAAACAGCCCGAGUCCUGUUUCUGUGUCUGCAAAAGCCAGUCCAGUUCAUAGAGCUAAAAGCCAGAGCCCCCCUGAUCUUAAAUGCUCAAAAAGUCCAAGCCCAGUUCCUAAAAGCUGUAGUCCAGUUACUAAUAGUAGUUGUCUAAUAUCACCCGUAAAGACAGCCAGUCCAGUCACAGUUCCAAGGAUAUCAAGUCCAACUCCAAAUAGUGCAAGUCCAGUGACAGUCCCUAUCAUCUCUAGUCCUGUAACUGCACCAAAGAAUGCUAGUCCAGAAACAGUUCCCAAGAGUGCUAGUCCAAUGUCAAUACCAAGACUAUCGAGUCCAGUUCCAAAGACUGCAAGUCCUGUACCUGUCCCUAUUAUCUCAACUCUAGAGGGUCCACCGAAAACUUCAAGUCCUGAAACCCUGUCAAAGAGUGCCAGCCCAGUAGUUCUUCCAAGACUUUCAAGCCCAGUACCAACCGUUAAGACUGAAACCGCACUUCCCAAGAGUCCUGCAUCACUCAUUAGAAAAAAUUACACUGUUCCAGCCUCCAGCAGUCCCAGGGCUUCACCAGUCUCAUUUGGCCCUGUACUGCCAAAAAGCCUGUCACCCCCUCUGACAGAAAAGCAUGGACAUGAGCUACUGGACUUAACUUGGCCGUGCCGGGAGCCUCUGCUGGAUGAUGCUUUAGACAAGCUCUUGUCUCCUGAUUGUACCCAACCAAGUGACAACCUGCCAACCGCCGGUGUUAUGCCUGGAGUUGAGGACAGAUCUUGGGAGGAAGAAGACGGAAUUUACCCCGAUGUCAGCCGAGAGGGAACUCUCACACCCAUGACUGAGUCCAGCUGGAUAGACGAGUGCCUUACCCCCUCCUCCUGCCCCGGGACACCAGAUGCAACACUAGACCUGCCCUUACAGCAGCCCUCUGCUGUUGAGCGACUAUCUGCUUCUGGCCAAGUAGGACACAUAAACUCGACUCUCCCAAAAUAAGCUGCUGGCAUACAGCUUGAGAGGCUUUAUUACCCCAUGGGGUCUCUCUAUUAUUUGGCCAUGUGGCCUAAGACAUUAAUUAUCUCUGACAAUAAGGGCAGAACCACUGUGUUACAUUAUUCUAACUGAGUGUGGCUCAGCUAGAUACCUCCAUAAGCUUGUUUUGGGAGAGUAUCUCUGACAAAUUGUAGGGCUUUUUUUUAAAGUACAAAAACAGUGUGUUGAUGAGAGAAUUUCUUCCAUCUUUGUGGUGUGAUGCAUGUGGUGUCACUGCACAGGAAUUGCAAAAUGCCUCGAGGGGGAAAUCUCCCUGUAUGGACUAUUUGUGGCUGAUGUUGAAAGCUUUGCUGAAAGGAGGUUUCUGCACGCCCUUACUUGCUCCAGUUGACAUCGCUGUGUUAGUCAUAGGGUUUGGCCUGUGAUAUUGAUGCAACCUGCGGAUGAUGCAUAAAAUGUGUUUUUAAUCAUUGAUGGUGUCAUUUCUGUGCUCAUGUUUUUAAAGAACCUGCAAGCGCUGCGCUCCACAGGUUUUUGGACUUGCUUUAGCUCAGAUUUGUUGUGCAAGACAUUGUGAAAGGCCUGUGUUGUUUCUAUUCCGGCAUGCCGUAACAGAGUUUCAUGCAAAGUUUUGAGAUCGAUUGGGUGGCUGUGCUUUGCUUUUAUUGGAAGUUUUGAUGAGAUUCACAAGUGCUUGAGAAAACCUCCUGAAUACUUGUACAAACGUUUUUCCUUAGCCGUCACCUGAUCAGGUUUUCCACUUAAAUGAGAGACGCUGUGCCUGGCCUGCUUGUAUUUGCACCUUUACGUGGACUUUUUCUGGUGAAUUGCAAAUACUUAUAUCAUGUACUCUCCAGCUCAAGUCGGUCAUCCGCCGCACUAAAGAAACCUCCAACGUGCAUCCGAUGUACAAAGAUGGAAUGUUAAGACGUAAAAUGGGACCGAUCAUUGUGAACAAGAGCAACUCUCAAGACCGACUCAUCGAGGAACUUCAGGGGAAGCUGGGAAUUGGGCGAGUAGAGCGCAGGCGUAAGCAGCAGCCAGAUGAUUGGCUGACAGAAGGAGUCAUUGUAAUGUCCAAUCCUCAGCGAGCGCGGGAAGAGGGAGCCCAGCCAGCUGUGGACAAGGUAGACGACAGUGGCACACAGCAAGAGGGAGUCAGUGCUGUCCUCAGACAGCAUUAAACUAAGUUGGAAAUACAGUUGUUCAUUUUUAGUCGAGAUAAUAUCAAGCAAACUUUGAAUAAAAACGGAAAUGUUGUUCGUCUUCAGCAACUUUAAACACUUUUAUUUUCUUUCUUUCUAACAUUUUGAUGUCUUUUUCAUACCUGUACUUGUUGGCUCUCAUCUCUCUGCUGUUUCCCUUUUCCUUCCUUUUCUCAGAAAAUAAUUAUCCCUCCAGAAUCACCUGCCCCACAGAGAAAAGUCCUCCCCCAUGCACAAUCCCCCCCAGCACCCAAAAAGCCACCUCCUGUCAAGCAGACUCCUCCGCCACUACCUCCACCCCCUCCAACCCCUCCCCCUCCACGAGAACCAACCCCUCCACCCCCAAAAGAGCCCACACCUCCCCCCAGGGAUCCCACACCUCCCCCUGUCCAGCCUCCUCCAUCACCUAGCCCCCCUCCAAAGCCCAUCACGCCUCCACCACCUCCCAAGGUCUUUGUAUCAGUGGGUUGCCAGACUGAGUACGACCCCAUCUUCCCUCCACUGCAGGCACGGAUCACCACUCUGCAUCUCUACUUUCACUGACCUUAAACUCCCUUUCUAUUUUCUCUCAGACACUUCUGUCUUUGUUUUGAGCCGUUUGAUCAAAGCAUGAGUCAUAUGGUAAAAAUUCAAGCAGUUGCACCUUUGGUCGUGUGUGAGUUUGGCCUGUUUGGCUCUGGUUUUGACCUCCGGGCUCACCUCUAAAUGGCAACCGCAGAGCUUUGUUCAAAAUCCAGUCGGUCCAGGUUUUGAGCAGUGCUGACGUUUAGGCUAGAAUGACUGAGCCCCAUUUCUAAUUCUGACAUCUGACGGCGCCAGUGGCUGUGCUCAAGUGCAUGCAGAGUUUAAGAGCUUAGAGGAAAGAAGAGUGUUACCCCCCCAUGUUCCUGUUACACUAACUUUCCUACCGUGGGCAGGAAUGGUAUGCUCGCAGUGGAACUGAAACCCAAUCUGCCACAUGACAGCACAGUUACCAGUACAGUUAUAACAUUUCCCACAGGACUUCCGUCAACAUGUCCCACUGGGUUAGAUAGCAGCAUGUUUGAGUUAAAUGCCAUGUGACGUUACCCCUUUGAGAAUCAUGGAGCCUUUUACCGAAUUAGUUUUGGUGAAGAGCAGGUGUUUAAUAUGAGUGCUGGAAUAUGAUUUGCACCCAGGUCAAAGACCCGGUGGCUGUUUUAUUUGUGUGUAUGGGGGAGUGAGAGAAUACAUGCAGCAGAGAUGCUAUUUUCUCUCUCAGAGGAAUGUGAGAGUCAUGAAGCUCCAAUAACCACACCAUCCAAGACGCUGUGUGCUUGCUUACAUUUCUGUAGCCAGAGACAUUUACUGACACAAAACUGACAUGAGAGAGUUUUCAUGAAGGCUUGCAAACAUUGGAUCUAGUUUAUCCUCCAUGUCAUCCUGGCUAACCUGAAAAAAGUCAGCUCACUAUCAUCUGUGUAUUUCUCUUGUUUUACUACUAGCAUUUAGGGCUGGGCGAUAAGGGAAAAGUUUAUCUCGAUAUAUUUUUUUUCACAUCAGUCGAUAUCGAUAUAUAUCACGAUAUAAAAAGUGAAGUUUAACAGUGCUUAUUGGUAGCAUGUCUUUUGCAAUACAAUAAGCUACUGCAUCUGUGAAGUCUGUGUGUCUCUUCGACGUUUUGUAAAGUGGACUGAAUGGUCGUCUGUUUGAGCUGCACAGGCAUUUGGUUCAGCAUGAAGCGGACCUGGAGCAACUCCUCUCUUCAUUGGCUAUUUGUAUAGUCUACUAAAACAUGGCAGAAUGCUGACUAUUGAAAGGCACAUUGACCAUGUUUUAUAUUGAUAUUGUGGGAAAUUAAUUUUUGAUAUAUAUUUAUGUUGUUAUCGUUUUUUCGCCAAGCCCUACUAGCAUUACAGGCAGAGACUGUUGCGGCAAAUUUUUGCAAAGGUAGUUUACUUUCAAAAGUGGCAUUGAGUUUAAGGUUUAUGUAGCAGAACAGUAGGUAAGUCUGAAAUACUAUGAUCCAGAGUUUUAUGAACAUAUGCAGAACACAUGGACAUGAAUGUAAUAAAGCUGGACUCUGGUCCCAAAAGACCCCACCAUGCGUGACUGAAAAAAUCUCCCUGAAUCAAGACCUCUGAAUAAAUGUCAUGAGCUGCUUUGUAUGUGGAGUAUUAACCACUAUGGUAUUUAUCAAAAGUUCUUCAUGUUGUGUCAGCCUUCCACAUAUCUUAUUGGUCAACUUUGGUCUUCCAUUUCCAUCAGAUCCAGUCACAGGGGAAGACUUCCCCAACGGGUCCCCCAAAACCUGCCAACAAAUUGGACAACAUGCUGGGGAGCCUUCAGUCGGAUCUCAACAGACUGGGGGUCCAGACGGUGGCUAAAGGUGUUUGUGGAGCCUGCAAGAAACCCAUUGUUGGCCAGGUAAGACACACACAUAGAAAUCAUUGCAUUUCUAAAUGUUACACUUCAAACUUUUAUAUUGAUAACACUCUUGUAUACUUAGUGUAGAACAUGAUUCAGGGUAUCAAACAGGCUCAAACUUGGAUAGAAAGUUGUGCUGAAAGUAAGAAUUCACUCCAGAUGUACUUGCCAAAGUUUAAGGGGCUGUGCAGAGUUGGCUCACGUUUCAUCUCAGGCUGUGUUGAUGCUUAAGGGCCACGUCAGAAAGUCUAUCAAUAAUGCAGCUUUAUUUAAUUGGCAAGCUGUUGGUAGAGAAAAAUAACUUAAGAUGAUUUCAUUCUGUGUUUCAUUACGUUUAUCUACUCUGUGACUUUGAUGCUUGUGUAAACAGGCGCAAGCAUAUUUUGUGCGAAAUGUGACCCAGGUGAAAUGGAGCUCGGAUUAUUUGUAUAAAUUACCAUUUAUUUGGGGAAAUCUACAUCUUCAUCUGUUAAGCAUUCACUUAGAAGUCCUGCAUCUGCUGCUCUUGGCAAGGUCUCCUUUGCUACUUCCAUGCAAAGCUGCAGUGAUUUCCUCUGCUGAGCCAGGUCUUUCCCUCAGAACCUCAUUUUUAUUUAAUGCACUGUGUCUCCCCGCACCAGGUGGUGACAGCCAUGGGCAGAACGUGGCACCCUGAGCACUUCGUGUGCACCCACUGCCAGGAGGAGAUCGGCUCCAGAAACUUCUUUGAGCGUGAGGGGCAGCCUUACUGUGAGAAAGAUUACCAUAACCUGUUCUCACCAAGAUGCCACUACUGCAAUGGACCUAUACUGGAUGUAAGUGAUGCAAAUACACACAAACACACAAAGUGGGAUGGAUGGGUGAUGGGUAAUGAUAUUUAUUUAUUCAUAACUUAAUGGAUUAAGUCCUUACUGGAAAAAUCACUGCGUGUCGGAAAUGGAUUUAUUUCUAAGGCAGAUAUUGAAGGUUAAUUAGACACAUACUCUCUCUCUCUCUCUCUCUCUCUCUCUCUCUCUCUCUCUCUCUUCAACACACACACACACGCGCACAAACAAGCUUAGAGGCAGUAGAAGUAACUUCCAGUUGCAUUGUGCAUGCAGAUCUGCAUUUGUCACACAUGCUUCUCUCCUCUUUCACUUGUCACCACUCAGUCUCAUCCACACCGUGACACACUCCCAUCGGGGUCAUUUUUAGUCUUAGCACACACACUACACAAACACACAGACAUACACAUUACACAUUGACACAGAUACUGGAAGAGAAGUGGACAGUGGACAUUUUUCUACGUAAAUCCAACAUGAGUCACUGUCCAGGUUUCCUAUAUCGCUCUUUCAGUGCGUCUGUCUGCCUUUUCUGCGUUUGUCAGGUUUCAAAUUAAAGUACUUCAGCGUUGCCCAUUUAUAUGCAGCAUUUCUUAACACUGUUGUCAUUCUGUAUCUGAUUGCCUCCCCUGAUUUAACCCCUCUCUUUCAACACUGCACCCCCUGGUGGCAAAGUAAAGAGCCACUCUAAAGGGCCACAUAAAAAGAAAGUAAAUCUGCAAUGAGCAAUCUUUUUCAGCUGAAUUAGUUGAGGAUGUUUUAAAUUCUCUGUUAUAUUUAAGCUGUAUAUAUGUUUCUGUGUGAGGCUGCUACAAAAUGCUCUCAGGCCUGGAAAUCAUGAGGUAAGGGUCAUAGGACUGCAGCACCUCCUACACUGCCUCUGUGGACAAAGCCUGCCCUCUCCUGGCCUCUGACUCUCUGUAAAUGAUUCUUUCUCCCUUAACGACCGACAGAAACUUUGUGUUAACGUUAUUUGUGGCCUGUGUGUCAAAGCAACAUGGAGAACCAUUCCUUUUUACAAUGUUUUUGCUGUGUCAUACCUUCAAGCUCAAGGUCCGUGACAGUGCAUGUGUUUCUUUUUUGUUUUUCAGAAAGUGGUGACCGCUUUGGACAAAACCUGGCAUCCAGAGCACUUCUUCUGCGCUCAGUGUGGAGCCUUUUUCGGCCCAGAAGGUGCUCAUUUAGAAAUUACGCACUUAAAGAAUUGUUUGGACAAAUAUUUGCACAUUUUUUGUUCUUAAAAAUAGCACACUGGAGGAUUCAGUCUGCAUCUUUACUGCCCUCUAGGUUUCCAUGAGAAGGAUGGAAAAGCCUUCUGCAGAAAGGACUACUUUGACAUGUUUGCCCCGAAAUGUGGUGGCUGUGCACGAGCCAUUCUGGAGAACUACAUCUCUGCUCUUAAUUCACUCUGGCACCCAGAAUGCUUUGUCUGCAGGGUGAGUUGUAUGACAAAAUAAAGUUGUGCAUUUGAUGUGAACAGUUAUCAUCAAUUCUACGCUUGUAUCCUCUGUUUCCCCAGGAGUGCUUCACGCCAUUCGUAAAUGGCAGCUUCUUUGACCAUGAUGGACAGCCGUACUGCGAGGCACACUAUCAUGAGCGGCGUGGCUCGCUGUGCUCCGGCUGCCAGAAACCCAUCACCGGCCGCUGCAUCACAGCCAUGGGCAAGAAGUUCCACCCUGAGCACUUUGUGUGCGCUUUCUGCCUCAAGCAGCUCAACAAAGGCACCUUCAAAGAGCAAAACGACAAGCCCUACUGCCAGGGCUGCUUCAUUAAACUCUUCAGCUAGAACGUGUGUGUCGAAAUGUGUAUGCGCACAAGCCGUCACAUUCAUUUACACGACUGAGUGCAUGUGUGAAUGUGUGCGCACUCAAAUGUCGAGCAUGUUUGAGUGGGUGAUGUGAUCAUUGAAACUGAGGGUGUGGAUUUUUUGAUUAAGGGGGGUAAAUGUGUCUGACCUUUCACCUUUGCCACUGAAGGGACUCUCUUGCCUGUCCAACCUCUCAGGCUGGGCAUUUCACACUUUUGCUAAAGACGUUUUUAACAGCGCCCAAAGAGAUUUUUAUUUCAACUUUAAUUCCUGUUUGCAUCAAAGAAAAGAAGUCCAUUUGUCCUCAUCUGUGUGUGUGUGUGUAAUACCUAACAUACACAGGCCAGAGCAAGACCAUAGGUGUAAAUGGUUUUAAUCCCCCAGUGCAGGGCAAGACCCUGCACCAUGUGGUGGUAGAAAUGCAUGGACCACACAAGGUCAACUUAAGCCGUUUUAAAAUACAUUGAGUGUUGAAUAACCUAGUCUCGGCCCAUGAGUGUUGGAAUAGCCAAUGUAAAGAUGUAUUUUUCUAGCUUCGGAAACUAUUAAGGUGCCAUUCAAGACAACCACUGAUAUACUCCACAUCACAUGCACACAUACACUGAACUCCUUCAUUUCUUUAAAACAACAGCUCACUCUCUUUGCACACUCCAACCACAGAUCUCUUGAUGAGACCGUCUUAAGGUGCAGUUUACAGUUUUCAACAAAAUUAUAAUUUUUUCUAACAUUUUCCUAUGAAGAUCAUCACUUUCAGCCUAGAUGACAUUCACCUUUGUGCUUCGGUAAAGUCAUUAUCCAACACUGGAAGUGAAAUCAGACACGAGUAGGUAAUGACAUAAAACUUUUUCGCUCUCUUGAUUUUAAACAGAUUUUCAUAUAAAGGGUGUGUUGUCACUACUGUCAGUAAUGAAAAAUAAAAGGGUUGCAGUUCAUAUUGAAAAGUAGGUCAAUAAGGAUAAUACCCAGUUUGUAGAAUGGAUAUUAAAAUUGGAGACAAGGUGCAAUCAAAACAUGCCAGACCCUUGUUAAAUUUCUGUACUUCAUAAUCAAAGUUUAGUAAACAUUUGAUGGUUCAGUUCAACAUUUUUCUUUCCAUAUUUUACUAUUGCUACUGUUGUGAAUUUAUCACUGUAUUAAGUAUAUCAAUAUGACUGGUUCAAGGUUUCAAUUGUAGUUGUGCAUUUUGAUUUAAAGCAUGCUCUCUUAUAGGUGAGACUUUAUCAGCACUUGCUGCCAGUCGCUGUUACAAUCAGAAUCUAACAUUUAUAUAGCUGUUAUGCUCGACUUUGUGACAGAACUGUGUUUUGUCGCUGUUUCUAUGAAAAUAUAUAUUUUUGAGCUGUUUGGCUCACACUGAUAUGCAAAGAGCUGGCUCUAUCGGCAUUUAGGCCAUCAGUAGUUGACCCUGUUUUCACACAGAAAUGCGUACCAGCUUUGACUCCAGUGUCAGACUUUUAAGGAAAUGCAGCCCGUAUGAUUUGAUCCUGCUAACUGAGUUUUGUAUUGGUUUACUGAUUAAAGCUGGAUGUUAAUAACAGCUGGUCAGGAAUCAGAACGAAUCACUGAGCCAGGGCCAGGCUUCUCUCAAAAUCUAUGUAAGAACUUAUUUCUUUUUUCUUCUCCUUGCUACCAUAUUUUAACACAGGACAAUGUGAUUAUUCUGACUGUAUUUUUUUUUUUUUGUCUUUAAUUUUGAUCACUAAGUGUGCAACGAGUGAAAACACAGUGUCCAAAUUCAGAUUGUUUUUACUUUGUGAAGAUGUUUGUUCUUGUGCCAAAAUGUGUCGAUGCAAUAAGGUCUUACACACUGUGGAGUUGUUAACCUUUCCUGUGAUUUGACUCUCUGUGUGCUGAACUCUGGGAGAGGCUUUGUCUGCUGUGGUUUCACCCAAAGGUUUACACUGUAAAGACGAGCCAAGACAAAAGAAAAAAUCGUCUGUAUUAAGUCACUCAGCAGAUAAUAAAGUGUUCACUUGUAGCUAUUUCAGAUUUACAAAAGGUAGCAGGGAAAAAUUAACAAAAUUUCACAGUUAAUUUUUCCCAAUUAUUUUUAUCUGCUUAUGUAUGUCGCCUUAAAUUCUACUUCUAACAGAGAAAUCACAAAAAUAAAUCAAAGCCUUUUCUGUUUAUAAGAGUAAGUGAACUUUGAAAGUAGAGACAUUCAUGUGAUCUUUCACCUUUUAAGUUGUCUCAUUUGACAUUUGAGUUUUUUUUGGGGGGUGGAAGCCCAUGUGGGCCCUGAUUACUGACUGGUGAUUAUAACUGCUGCAAAUAAAAGAGGAACUUUAUUUCUGCCAUUCGUUGGUCUACAAAGUGUAUGAUGUUACUU